AUGUUCCCUUCAGAAUUCAUUCCAGUUCCCGAUAAAAAUGCCCUUCUUGCCACUUACAAAGGGAAGAAAGUUGAAGACUUGCCUACUCCAUCAUUGAUCAUCGACAAGACUAUCUUCGCUGAAAACUGUGAAAAAAUGCUAGCUAACGCCGCUGCCUUGGAUGCUGACUUUAGAGCUCAUAUCAAGACUCACAAAACUGUCGAAGGUUCAGAGCUCCAAUUGGGGUCAAACCUGUUGAAAACAGACAAAAUCGUAGUAUCCACGUUAGCUGAAGCCUGGGGCAUUCUUGGACUUGUGGAGAAAAAAAUCGUCAACGAUAUCCAUUUCAGCUUGCCUGUGGUGAAAUCGCGUUUAAGUGAGUUGGCAGCGUUGGCUGAAAAAGUGCCUUAUCUUCGCUUAAUGCUUGAUGAUUCUCAACAAUUGGACAUUCUUGCUCAACACUCCAAGACCAAUAACCUUCAGAAGAAAUGGUCCGUUUUCGUGAAAAUUGAUAUUGGUACCAAACGUGCGGGAUUAGUCAAUGAUUCACAUUCUUUAAAAGAGACAAUUGCUAAAUUUUCCCAUAAGAAUAUCGCCCCAUAUGUCAGUCUCUAUGGAUUCUACUGUCAUGCUGGUCACUCUUAUAGUGCAGAUAGUGUUGCCUCUGCCAAACAGAUCUUCUUGGAUGAAAUCUCUCAUGCCAAUAAAGCUUCUCAGUAUGCGAUCAGUGUCGACCCAUCUCUUGCUGGGAAUCUUGUCAUCUCUGUAGGUGCAACUCCUACUGCUCAUUCGUCCUCGGUUACCACCAUUCAAGAAAUCAACGACACUGUAGGUAAGUUGGCCGGCAAACUAGAACUUCACGCCGGCUGCUAUCCAUGUUGUGACUUGCAGCAGGUUAGUACUGGCUUGGUAUCGCUUGAGAAUGUUUCUGUGAGUGUGCUUGCUGAAGUUGUGUCUACUUAUCCAGGCAGAGGAGACAAGGGACCUGGCGAGCAGUUGGUCAAUGCUGGAGUUCUUGCAUUAGCUCGCGAAUUCAGCGCAUUUCCGGGCCACGGUAGGGUAGUUUCGCCUGUUGGAUACGAGAAUUGGAUUGUUGGACGAUUGAGUCAAGAACAUGGAAUUUUGGUACCUUUUGAAGAGAAACCCACCGAAUUCUUACCAUUGGGGACCAUGGUGAGAAUCGUUCCUCAGCACGCCUGUAUUGCUGCUGCUCAGUUUCCAUUCCAAUUUGUAAUUGAAAAUGGAGCAGUUGUAGAUGUGUGGGUUUCCUAUAAGUACUGGUAG